AUGAAGCUAUUCGCAGCUCCUCUUCUUCUGGCGCAGCUUACUGGUGUCUAUGCCACGCCAUGGAUCGGUACCCAAUAUGUUGCCAUGGUCGAAAAGACGAUUGCAGAAGGGUACACGGGUCGAUAUAUUACAGAUGACCCGAUAAUGCGCACAUCGACGGUCGAGAUCUCGCCUACAGCCACGGACCCGUCUGUGAUCAGCACCAUCACCGAGGUCGACAAGUAUAGUCCGGAUGUGACGGUGGUCAACCUCGUCGUGGAGCCCAGCGAGGGCGUCGCAAUUACCGAUCACAGCUACCCCAAUUUCUACGUCAAUGUCGUCUACACGGCGCCUCCAUCCUGCUCAUACACAACCAAACAGACAAUCACCACCGCCAUCCCCGUCGCGGUCCCCUACGCCGCCAAGGGCCUGGUCGAACCGACAAAAGUCACGACCAGCACCACCACGUACAGCUACAUCGAUGAGGAUAGCACGCGGACCAUGGCGUUCCUCGACCCCAGCGAUAUCCCUAGCGACGUGUACUCCUCCGCCAGUGAUAACUACAAGCCGGCCAUGUACACGCGCUGCAUGUCGUACUACACCUCGUCUGGGGGAAGUAGUAGUCGCUACAGCAGCGGAGAUGACGACAACUCGCGGUACUCGGGAUGCAGCAAGUUCAUCUGGUAUAUCGGCGGCUCGGAGUUCUCGGGCGGAUACUGUUGCUCAGACGGCUGUCACUACACUUGGGGCAUUCCGCCGUGGGGUCUUGCGCUGGCGAUCUUCUUCUCGUGGUUCGGUCUCUUCCUCAUUAUCGGUCUUAUCGAGAGCUGGUUUAUCUUCCGCAGGGCUAUGCUCGGCCAGAAGGUUCGCCGCGGGCUGCCCUAUGGCUUUGCUUGUCUGUGUCCGAUACUGUCGUGUCUGUCUCUCUUGACUGUCAAGAAAUAUCCACCCAAGUCGCCCGAGGAGCAGGCCGUCCUGGCGGCUAAAUGGAAGGAGAUGUCGGCAGGUUCGAAGCUGGGGCUCUGGCUGAAGUACAUGUUCCGUCGCUCGGAUCCUUCUGCUGUCAAGCUCGCAGCGUCUGCUCCCCCUUCCGUUCCUCCUACCUCUGGCCCGUUUCCUCCCCAGGGCCCCUGGUACCCGCCUUCUCAGUCCGGUCCUGGUGCACCUCCCAUGGCAGCUUAUCCCCAGCAAGGCUACCCACCCCAGCAGGGAUUUCCUCAGCAAGGAUAUCCUUCUCAACAGGGCUACGCCCCUCAACCAGGGUAUCCACCCCAGUCGGUGUCUCCAGUGUCGGCGCUGAGGAGCGAAGACCCGAAUGGCCAGCCGAAAAUCCCCACGGUCAACGAAAGCGAGAGGACGUGA